AUGUACGGAGAUCUCGCUAACAAGUUGAUACUAGAAGCAAAGAGAACGCAACAGUUAUCUCAAGCUGGAUUCAACAAACAGCAAUUACCAGUAUAUCAAGACGAGCUAGUCCGUGGCAUCCUGAAAGAGGUUGGAUCCCUCAAGAAGAACGUGGAUUACCUACGAGAACAGCAGCUUACUGAUCAGGAUAACAAAGUCGCUCAAUGCCAGUACGUCGUUGCUAUGCUUUCGAUGGAAAGAAACAAAAGAUGUCUAUUAGCAUACCAAAAGAUGAGAAGUGAGAUGCUAGACUCAAUGGUUUGGGAUAACAACGGGAUGGAAUUUUCUUCUGCCAUAUCAAACCACCCGAAUCUAUCAUCGUUUGAUUCCUCUGUUUUAUCACAUGCAGAACAAGAGUAUCUCAAAGAGUAUGCACAACUACUUACCGAAUUGAAAUCGGGAGAACUCUCAGAAAUCGAUUUGACUGGGAUGUUACAACCGCCGAGCGAUGUGUUCAUCGACGUACGAGUAUUGAAAGAUGCAGGACAAAUAGAAACAGAGUACGGUGUAUUCAACCUGAUUAAAGAUUCCCAAUUUUUCGUCAGACAAUCCGACGUCGAAAGACUUAUACAACAAGGAUAUCUGCAGAAGAUAUAG